AUGAACAAAUCGAAUGCUCCAUUCCUUUUCACCAUUGACCGGUUUUGCAGUCGGACUGUCACUAGCUGCUAUGCAGCAGGUGGAGCCUGCUCUCUUACUAGGUCUUCGCUCCACAAAGGCAACGACUGGCCAAGGCAGUGGUUGGCCCUGGAUUACACAAGUGCAGACACUCAACUAAGUGAGCUGGAAGACCCAGGGGAAGGCCAAAGCUCAGGUGCCCACAUGAUCAGCACAGCCAGGGUACCUGCGGAUAAGCCAGUACGCAUUGCCUUCAGCCUCGAUAAUGCCUCAGAUGAUACACCUCCUGAAGACGCCAUUCCUCUGGUCUUUCCAGAAUUAGACCAGCAGCUACAGCCUCUGGCGCCUUGUCAUGACUCCGUGGAAUCCAUGCAGGUGUUCAAACAACACUGCCAAAUAGCAGAAGAAUACAAUGAGGUCAGAAAGGAAAUCGCUCUGCUUGAGGAAAGGAAAAAGGAGCUCAUCGCCAAGCUGGAUCAGGCAGAAAGGGAGAAGGUGGAUGCUGCUCAGCUGGCCCGGGAAUUCGAGGAGCUGAUGGAGGAGAACCGGACGUUGAAGUUGGCUCAGUCCCAAUGUGUCGAGCAGCUGGAAAAACUUAGAAUUCAGUAUCAGAAGAGACAGGGCUCGUCCUAACUUUGAACGAGUCAAUGUGAGCAUAGAAGGUUGUGACGGCUGUGUGCUGGCCAAAAGAUUUUUAUUUUAAAGGGAUGGUGUGUAAAGUAUCAUUGUUCCUCUUUAUUACCCACGUGGCAAACGUCUAUUAUGAAUUUAACGCUUGCCAGAUCGAGUUUGAGAGAAGGGAUAUCUUAUUUGAAAUAAGAUGAUCAAAGCAAACCUCUUGCCAGUAUAUGUUUUCAGAGAUCAAUAAUUCAUUUCCAAAGAUUUUUUUUUCUUCUUUAAGAAGAUGUGAUCAUCCUGUACAUUGGGGUAGAAAACGAAACAAACAAACAAACAAACAAAAUAGAAUAUUGACUGACUCAGCUAAGAAUCCUGAACAGAAUUGAGCCACGAAACAAACCAGUAAGAUGCUCACUGCAGUUUCAUAUCCGUGUAUUUUUAAAUUUCACAUCUUGACUAUUUCAACUGUGUUCGAACCUGAAGUCAGCAACGUCUGCACACCUAUUUAU